AUAUUUAUUUCUGAUACGAGCAUUUUAUUAUUCUUGGACGGAAAAGGAAAUAAAUUUAUAAUCCAUAUUCAUUCUUACUAAAUUAUAAUUGAGUACAAAAUGCUUUUGACCAAUUUCCUUCUCGAAUUAAUACUUUUAAUAGGUUUUGAUAACAAAGCGCCGUACAUUAAUUCGGGCAAUUGCACCUACGCAGAUAAUGUUCAGCUGAAUUUUGUAUGCGAUGGCAAAUUAACCAAAGCAUUGUGGCUUCGUUGGGGUGAUAAAAGAGUCGACAAAUCGGAGGAAUACGCUAUAUGGGAGAGUUCGAAGGAAAAGGAUGCGGUUGUACUUGUCUCAUUCAAGAAAUCCAAGCUGUUUGACUACAAAACCAUUAAAGUCGACUCACUGCAUUACAAGAUAUUUGGUGUCGAAAAUGGAAAAGAUGUAGAAAUCGAGUUGAAGGAUGGCAACACGAAUUGCUUUGCCUUUGGCGUACGCUAUGUAAGCGAACUAAGAAACCAUUGUCUGGACCUCGACUACAAUCCAGAUGAUAUUGUUGCCUUUCCCAUAAUCCACUAUUCCAAGCCUAUAUUACAUUUGGACAAUUUGGAAGAGAAAUAAGUUGAAGAGGAAUAAGUUAGUUCUAAAAUCAUGUCUGUAAAUGUGUAUCGUAUGUACGAAAUUCGUACUACGAAUAUAAGUUAGAAAAACGUGACAAUUCAUGUGUGAUGAUGAUGAUGUUACAACGGCAACUUGUAUUUUGGGAUUAGUUGAAAUAUUAAUAUUCCCAUUCAGAGUGAGAUAAAAUAAUUUAUAGUUCGAAAUUGGCAAAUAGAGCAAA